AUGUCCGGUCAUGUAGACCUCCAACUCUUUACAGGAGGGGACCGAUUCACCACUGUGACGCCUGACGAUCAUGGCGGUAUACUUUGGGUUGCUUCAAUUAUCUGUGCCAUCUAUGUUGUCCUCAGCAUGGGGCUACGAGCCUACGUCAAACGGGAAUUUUAUGGCCUUGAUGAUCUGAUAGCACUCUUUGCCACGCUGAUUGCUGAAGCACAAUAUAUAUCUAUCUUCUUUGGUUUGUCUGACGGGCUGGGGAAAAAUGAUGAGAGCUUUGGCAUGGUUCAUAUUCGAAGAAUCGGACGAUCUCUGGCCCUCAGCGAGGUCUUCUUUCUCCUUGGACUGCUACUUGCAAAAGUAUCACUCAUCUUAUUGAUACGCCGUUUAUUCAGCCCAGAUAUGAGGUCACAUAUCAUGACAUGUGAUGCGGUACUGCUAUUGAGCAUACUCUGGGGCGUUGGUUCGAUGCUUGGAGCAUUGAUCAAUUGUUCCCCUACCGGAAUGAUGGCUUUUAUUCACGGUGCUUGCAAGGGUAUAGUGAGUGUCGCCUAG